GGAGAACUUUAAACAGAAUCGAAUUUUUGGGAAAAAAAGUGACUUUCCUGAUUGAUGAUAGCAAUGGCCAGAAUGGUGCUGGUUUCUAACAAAUUUGGAGGUUAAUAUUGUCAUCAGUUGUACAAUCAAGCCAAAAAUGUUUAAGAUAGAGUCUUACAUCACUCCCUUGUUGAUGGGGUACUUGGACAAGUAUGUCAAACUUCGUCCUGAGGAUUUUCAGCUGUCGUUGUGGGGCGGUGAUGCUGUUUUAUACAAUCUAGACCUCCGUCUUGACAUCAUAGAAAAAGCGAUGCAGUUGCCUAUAGUUUUCCAGAGCGGCCACAUUCAUGAACUACGCCUUCACGUCCCGUGGACAAAACUUGGAUCAGACCCUGUUGUUGUUACUAUUAACACUAUAGAAUGUAUCUUAAAGCUGAGAGAUACGGCUUAUAAAGGCAGGAGUUCAAGAGCAUCUUCAGAAACGCCUGGGAAAUCAAGUCAAAAGCUGAAAUCUCGCAAACAGGAGAGUGUAGAUCUUCCACCAGGUUAUCUACAAAGCCUUAUGAAUAAGAUCCUCAACAAUGUAAGCAUCAUUGUCAACAACCUGAUUGUGAAGUUUGUUGAAGAUGACAUUGUCCUUUCACUGAAUGUUAAGUCUGCUGAGUGUUACAGUGUGGACAAGGAUUGGAAUAGAGCAUUCGUUGAACUUUCAGCACCGGAUUUUGUGUUGCGGCGAACUGUCAAUUUCUGCGAUGCAACUGUAUGCCUUGAUAAAAGGGAUGCUAGUGGAAAAAUUGAGAACUACCAAGAUCCAGUGGUGUAUAGAUGUAGCAUUUCCUGUCGACUGUACACAAAAUAUGAAAAUAUGCACUCCAAAUAUCCGCUGGAGACAAAACUAAAUGUGUACUGCGAACGACUAGACCUUUCAUUGACAGAUACGCAGCUUCCAAUGUUGAUUCGUUUGAUUGAACUAUGUUUGGCGUUGUAUUAUGGAACUAUAGAGUUUGAAGUAGAGACAAGUGCAGAUGAACCAGAUCAACAAAGUGUGGAUAGGGAGUCAAAAACAGAAAGUUCAGUUGGUGAGCCGCCUCCCGAGGUGGAGCAACAAGAAGGACAGCAGGGCUGGGCCUCCUGGGCAUGGUCAUAUGUUCCACAGAUCAUGCCAGAGGAGGAGGAGGAUGACAUUGCUAUGCAGCCGUCGAAAAAGCCACCUCCAUUGAUAUUUAGUCUUGGAAUGUAUGCUUAUAAGAUGACAAUCAAAUUUAAGUUAACAGAGUAUAUAAGGGAGAAAGCUCACUAUGGACCUAAGAAGAUUGCAUUCAAGCCUUUCCUUUACAUGGAAUCUGAUGGUAUUUCCAUGGAGAUGUUGAUGCAAGGUCUUACAUUCUUUGACGUCCAGUUUGGGGUGACAAGUGUCGCCAUUUACUCACAGGGACCUUGUAUAUGUGGGGCUGAAGGAGAGGAAAAUUCAAGGAACAAUGUGCUACUGUCGGGAGGAGACAAUCUUCUCAGCAAGACAACAACAAACUACAUCUGCCAAUCAUUGUUUGAUCAGCAAAGUCCAGAAAACCUCGGCAUACCAAUAUCUAAAAUACUGGACUUUGAUGAACAUAGACAGGUUUAUACUGAACAGUAUGGUGUACAGAAGUUUGGAUUUUUCUGGCUUGAUAGUCUGUACAGUAUGGUGAAACCAGAGGAUGAAAGCUCUCAUACAAGUAGCAAGUCAUCAGUUUCCAGUCAGGAUGAGUCGACAGUUUUUGUACAAGAGAAUGCCCUGGCAAGGUUUGUGAUUGGUCAGUGUCAUCUGAAUGUGUCUAGCACCACAGUUCAUAGAGUACAGAAACUUCUUGCUGCCGCAUACAAGUAUGACUAUGAGCCUUACUCAAAACCCCAUAAAGAAAGAGUUGAUGAGAGCAGACCUCACCCUACAGAAGAACAAAUGAAAUCCAUGGAAGAGUACAUUCCCACUAGAAUGUACCACCUGACCUUGCUUCAGCCAAUCAUAUCCGUUCUCUCAGCUGAGCAUGCUUAUUGUGAUAUUUCAAAGAAAUCCUAUAGAUCUUCACAACAGAAGAACAAACCUCAACAAGCUACAGUAUUACACCCGCUGUUUGGUCUGCAGAUAACGAGUCAGCGGUUUGACCUCCAGAUCACAUCACCAAUGUACCCUCGUAAAUUGGUGCAGCUUGUGAGCAAGAUAGCAGGUCCGUCUAGCAACCUACUGCAUCACUGCCACUCACACACUCAGAUGAAGUUAUUUGGUUUUCAAGUUGGUGUGACUAAAGUUGACAGUGUGGGAUCAAGGUCGCCCGUUUUAACUAUUCUUCCACCUACAAGUGGGGCUAUGUACACCCGAAAACUGAUUCUCCCUAUGUACUGGACAAAUUCUUACCUGCCAAAAUUGGAGAAGGUGUAUGAGCUACCCCAGAUAACUCUAAGUUUGUCAAAGCCGUCUCUGCAUGUUGUCUUGGCUAUUGUGUCAUCAUGGAAACAGAAUAACCCAAAACCAGCUGACAUUCUGGCUAACUCUUUACUAGAUGAUGUAUUUCCCUCACAUGAUAGUGGAUCAAAGCAUGCUGUGAUAGAAGUGACAUUGUCUGGAUUUGAGAUGAAGACAUGUAGGAAUGAUAUGGUGACAGCGUGCUCGGCAACAGUCUCUUCUCUACACACACUUCUCUAUAGAUAUGAUGGACAGAAGAAGAGUAUUACACCAAUAUUUUCAUGUCCGUGUAACACAGAUGGUAUGCAUACAACCGAUUGGUUGAUUAGAGAGAACUCUUCCAAGUUGGAGGAAGUUAAAAAUGACUGCCUGGUGUUUACUUACCAGUUACCUCAGAAAUAUGAUCAAGUUCAAGCUCCAGCUAUGGUGUUAGUGAAUGUUGAGGGUAUAGCUGUAAGCUUGAGCCCAGUCCUUCAGACUUGGUUCACCUAUAAGCCGGUAACCAGAAUAGUACAGUCCAGGGAACCGAAAAUAGAACUAGAUUUAGAACUAGCCAAGAUGGCAUCUCCACUACAGACAAACCUUUCACAAGUAUCUGUACCCUCCAGUGGAUCAAAAAGACAGACUUUGAGCCUCACAAGGAGUCCUACAACUGGGCAGCAGUCAACAGUGCCAACUGGGAAUCAGGAUCUCAAGCCUGCCAGUAACAAAGACCAAUCUGGUAUUGGAGAAAAGCUUGCAAGCAUAUUUCCAUUGAUCAGAGUCCUUCAGGUGCAGGUAGAGAUGAAGAAAGUGUGCAUUUUCUUGCCUAAACAUCACAUAGAACUGAAUGAGCAAAGUACCAAUAUAGUUGGAAAUUUUCAGUCCAUGGCAAGGUCAAGGUCACUGUGUGACACACUUGUCGUUUGCUUACCACGUGUUGUAAUUCAGAGUGCAGCAAUUAAACCCUUGUCAUCUAUACCAGAAAUACCCAUUACCAGUGUUGAAGGAUCUUUAGUCGGUGAUAAAAUACCAUGGAAUGUUAGUCUACAGAAUUGCUGUGUGUACACAAUCCAUACCUCACCAUCUUUAAGAGCUCUCCACUUGAUGAAACCUGCUACAGUCUCCUGUACUGUUGGUGUAAGCUACAAGUAUACCCCACCCACUUCAGAUACAAUAUCAGCCCUGGGAUUGUGUCUGCAUACAGACAUGCGAUCAGUGACAAUGUCAACUUCAAUGGAACAGGUGAAAGUUCUGACUGAUAUUGCAAGCAACACUCUUGUAACUUGCAAGCAAGCCAUCAACUGUGUCAGUGAGAUCACCAAAUGUUUGACUUCUGAAGACAAAACCUCAAAAUCCACAUCUGAACCGUUACAUUAUCAAAACCAGGGGCCAUCUGCUCCAACUGCCAGUGCUGGUUCAGUCAGUCAGAGUGAUCUUCCUUACACCCAAACAUCAGGAGAUAUUACCUCCCUUGAUACCCCCAGUAGAGAGUUGGAGAUUCUGGAGACUGGUGGGGAAGGAGUAAAAUUGUCACUAUGGCUACAGUGGACUUUGCCGAAAUGUGAAAUGAGGCUAUAUUUGAAAGGGAAACACGGUGAAACAAAGAUUGAUGCACUUCUAGAAGAUAUCACUGUGUCAGUUGAUGUACAGGAUGUGUAUUCCAAACUGAAGCUCAAUAUGGGAGGAGCCACGGUAUCUCACUUUCAGAGACAAAGUGGAGAAGCUGAGUGGCAGAAAGGUGUACAGGAAGGUAAUCUGAUGAGUUGCCAUGGCAACCUGACAAAUGAUACUCACAUUGUGUCGUCACGACUUUGGUCUGGGGAUCACGGCUCUUCGUCACUUACUGUCUUCCAUGGCAGCCAACCACAAAGGGAGAUGACUCAUGUUUUCUUUUCACUAACAUUUACAAGAGCUUUGAGGAAAAAUGUCCGGAAGAGGUUACAAAAAUUGAACAUUGAUAUUCCUAAUGUUGAAAUGAUGAGCGGAGGAGAUAUUACAAAUCAGUUCUAUUUCAAUAAAUAUGUGAGUGAAGUAUGUCUAAAUAUAGCACCAUGUGACUUUAUCCUGUGCAUGGAACCAAUUUCAGUUAUGCUGAACAGUUUGAGUCACCUGGAAACACCCAAAACACCAAAAUCCGGCAAAACACCAGCUCCAUUUCAAGACUCUACUGUUCCUGUGCCAUUUCUUAACACUAGUAACCUCCCCUUGUUGUAUGCAGACGUAUCAAAUGUGAGAAUUUUUGUACCAGGGGAGGCAACUGAGAGCAGUCAGAAGGGAGAUAAGAUUACAACCACAAUAGAGAAUGAUAUGUUUCUUUUUCAAAUUCAGUCUGUGAAAAUAACACCACAUGCAGAUAACCCUCUGCCAAGGUAUGCUGUUGACAAGGAACUGUAUCAGAGAGCUGUGCAUUUAGGGAUUACAUCAGAAUCUGGUGCUGCUUUGUCUGAUAAACAGUUCCAGAUUGACGUGAAGGGACUCAGUUUUACAUCAGGGUGUUGGUCAGAUUUCUUGAAACACUGUGAUAGGAAGCAUGCCAGCUCUGUGGUCAAACCAGUUACUCAGAUACCAGCUGUGGAAUGGAAUUCACUUAAUAUCAGAGAAGAGCAUGAAGAUGUUCAGUUAUUCCCCUUGCUGUCACCAUGUGAUCUGAAACUUGUGCUGGCUCCAGCACUUGUUAACUACACACCUGGGCUGGAAAGCACUGAACUCAAGGCAAGAUUGGUUUGUGGAUAUGGAUUAGAGUUCAAUGUUGUGAGUGACCUUGACCUUCAUAUAAGCACCAAUCAGAUUCAUCUCAUGCACAGGAAGGUCACAGAGACCUUGAGAACUUUGAAAUCCAGCGUAGAAAAGCGUGACGAAAACAUGGAGGAGAGCAGCUCUGUACAAGACAGUGGCAUAGGCAGUGAUGCGUCAGCAGCCACGGUUCAAAGGUCAACUGUUAAACCUGAUGUCAGAGGUCAAGGUCAGAGUAAGACAAAUACCAAUAUGGCCUUGACACCAGUUGACCUACUUUUGACCGCAGGAAGGAUUUCCUGCACAUUAUAUACACAUAAGAAUACUGAGACUGAAACAAAACAAGAAACAGGGAAAUAUCAUAGCAGUAAGAAAAAGAAGAAGAGUACUAAACAGGACUUGGAAUGGAGGGUUGAUGGGGGAUUUCAUGAUGAUACAGAUGCUUCACAGUAUGAACAUAUGAGUUAUGAGGAUCCUUAUCUGAUGCAAAUGUAUCAGAUGAACUCGAGCCAGGAGGUUAAAGUUAUCCCUGCCGGUACAACAUGUCUCGAACCAUUUCUGUUCUUUUACAUCUCACAGCCUCAUACAGUCCUGUCGUGUCAGCUGGAUCACCAGAAAUUUGAAAUGUCUUGUUAUGAUAUUCUGGUUAAAGGAACACAUGAGAAAACACUGAUUCCAGUGAGUGAUGUCAAAUUGAUGCCAGACUGUUCUGACUUUAUGGAAUACUGGUUAGAGACACGACCAGGACAGCCGCACCAGUCUACUGGGAUACCGGCCAGUCUGUUCACACUAUCUGUAGUGGAUUUCCUCUUCAAGCCUGGUAAAAUUAUAUUGAAAAUUGAAAGACCGGUAAGACUGAAUGUUUCAUUUCCAAAGAUAAGACAAGCUGAAGAGUACUAUAAAACAGUGUUACCAAGGAAACAGAAGAAAUUUGACAGAACAAGAUCUCCAAAAUCAGCUGGUAAUGAAUCACCUGGUUCUUCCGGAGGCUUAAGUGGCAUCAGUAGUGUAGAACUACAAACGGGACAGGUGAUGGUUGCCAUGGAAACCAAACCUUGUGAUGAAAAGCCAGAAAUUAUUACAUCAUUUGGUAGCUUCAGCGGACGAGCAGACUUUCAUCACAAUGAUAAAGGUGAGAUACACAAUAUCCUGUUGACAUCGUACAUGCGUGACUUGUUUGUGAAGACAGUGUUUGAAAGUAGGUCGCUUAGCAUGAUCGGCCCUUGUUGCCUGAAAGUUGAUGGUACAUACACACGUAUUUCAAGAGAUGAUUAUGACUUUCUGUCCCAGUGCGUUGUUACCAUAGCAACUGGGCUCAUCACAGUACAUUUUGGUCAGGAGCAUGCACUUUGUCUGAAACUGAUUGCUGAUCAUUUGAUGGAGUUUUAUAAGGAACUGAUGUCAGAGUCAAGCACAAAGGUGAAACAAGAUAAAAGCAAUACUGAGCCUAGAAGUACUAGACCAUUUACUGCAGACUUUGUUGCACAUGCAUCUAAAGAUGAUCUUAGAUCUGGAGAAUUUCAGUAUGUUAUGGACACAGAUGGUGUAGAGGUAGUUCCAAGACCAGGGGAGAUAGUAUUCUGUAACAGGGACAGGGAAGGCAACUCUAGCAUGACUUGGAGUUACAGUGAGCCAAGAGUUAUAUCUGCAAUGUCAUCUACUCCAGUGCCAUUUAAUGUUACGGAUAUUGAAAAUAAGGCUAAGAGUGCACUGCAGUACUGGGACAGCCUGGUUCAACAAUUUAUGGACUUUGUGUACAUUGAUCUAAAAGAGAAUGAGUUUACGGAAGUGAGCUUACCAGAUAUCCGAGCAAUGAGUGCACAAGAUCUUGUAGCUGCAAAGAUAUGGAGGGUCGUUAUCAUGAAUACAAAUGAAGAAAUAAUAUUUCCACCGGCAUCAUUGGCAGCCUCAAUGAAGGUUGAUUCUUGUUUUAUACCUAGCCUGAUCCCAGCUAUCCAGUUUGGUCUGACAAUGGAAGGAGUACAGCUGCAUCUUAGUAACCAUGUGCAUUGUCUUGGCACAGAAACACCAACAAAGCUGCAACCAUUUUUCAUGAGCUCCAGUUACCAACCUACAGGAGAAUUUGCUGUAAUUUCACUAGAUAACACCCUAAUAGCUGGUACCCAGUGGCAUAGUCAACAUACAAGGAACCAGAUUCAGUUUUCAAGUCAGCUGAGUGUAGAUCUACUUGAAUAUAAAACAUUAACAAUGGAAAAACUGAUUUCACCCUUUGAAUUGUCUGGAAAUUGUAACCUACAACAUAUUCCAAAGUCACCUAUGCUAGAUGUUGAUAUAUCUUGUGAACCAGUCACAGUCAGAGUAGGUCAAGGAGGUGUACACAAUUUAGCAUGCUCAUUAAAGGCUUGGAGUCAAAUAAUGAAAGAUGACCCCAGUGAGCUAGAUGAGAUUAUAUUUUGUCACUAUGUGAUAUGUAAUGACACACGGCAGCCUAUAAGGUUUGGUCAGGUGGGAACGGACGAGAACUUGGUACUGCAGUCACGUGAGAUGCACCAGUAUGGUUGGAGGUCACACAAAAUGAAACAGGAGUUACACAUCUGUCUUGAUGGACUCGUGUGGAAAUGGUGUGAUGCUGUUGAGUUAAACAAGCCUGGAACUUACGUACGCAGUGUCUCAUCAACGGAUCAACAGUAUACACUGGUUAUAACAAUAAAACGUCUUUCAAACUUGCAAAACCAGGUUAUUAUAUCGGGACUUGUUACAGUUUCGAACCGUUUAUCAGAGCAUAUGGAAGUGAAGGUCGUUACCAUGGAGACAGAACAUCAUGCUGUUGCUGGGUCAGAGAACACUAUUCCUUCUUACUUGCUUGAGCCGCAGAAAAUACAGGGUAUUAAAUUUAGGCCCUGGGGAACCAAUGGGCCUUGGUCAAAGGAUGUGCAUGUCUCCAGUUCAAAUUUCAAGGAAAACAGUCUGGUUAAGAUAACAUCAGGCAGUAAGAUAUUCCACAUCUGGUGUAGAGUCAUAGUACACAAUGUACAAAAUCAUCAACAAAUCUUUGUGGUGCUGUGCCCCUUAUACACAGUCAGGAGUCAUCUUCCAUACCCCCUGUAUAUCAACAUAGACACAAGCAAACUCAAUGUACAUGAGCAGAUAGAGGCUCCAGGACAGGGCAGGGACUUACAGCUACAGUGUCCAGGGGGCGACAUUCACCAGUCCCUUACUUUCCAGUUUAGUGCAAGUUCUGUAAAGUCGAGUACGAGCGUGACGCUGUCUACAGGGCUUAUUGAACAGUUACAGAGAACGGAAGUAACUGACUUUGAUCCUGAUGGUCUAAACAACUACUGGAAAAGCGAUACAUGGUUUGAAUGGCCAUAUGUACAGAAAGUUCAUUUAGAAGAAAAUGUGCCGAAGCCUGGUCUGUAUAGUAUAACAGUGCCUGAGUUAGAUAUAAGCAAUCAACCGACUAUAGACCUCAAUGUGAACCUGUCAGAGCUGUGGCCUGGUUUCCAGACUCUCCUGGUAGAUGUCACUCCAUCCUUUAUUGUCAACAAUCUCUGUGACCUUGACCUUGUGUUUAUGGGAAAUGAAGAUGUAACCUAUGACAUCAAGAGAGGUCAGACAAUAUGUCCACCAAAAUUGGAGAGUAGUUUCCAUGUGGGUGUAAAGUUUGGGGAUACAUUGCACAUGUCUGAGCCAGUGCCUGUAUCAGAAGAGGAAGUGGAAGAACAGCGCUAUAGAAACGAUCUUGGCAAAACCCUCUAUAUAGAUUCAUACGUCAACAUGCCAGUAUUUACAGACUUUCAAGGUCAGCCAAAGGUAUACUUCCUGACAAUAACUUCAUCUGUAAAGCAUCAUAUACGAGUUAUCACAAUACAGGAACAAUUUGUGAUCUCAAACCGGACCAAAUACAUGCUGCAGGCUUGUGUAUUUGCUGUGCCGAUUUGGAGUGAUAAGGUUAACAUUCCAAGUGAUACCGGUUUUGAGAUUAACAGCCAUCUUGGUUGCCAUAGGGACAAAUCUGACCUUCAACCUUUGACCUUCGUACCUAUUCAGUAUGUGCCAUAUCCUCAACAGAAUACUGACAUUGAUCAAGACACUGGCAUAGUUAACUACCUUGUGUUGAGAAAUUCUAGAAAAGCUAUGCAAAAGAAGGACAGUAUAAAUUCUAAUGGUGAUGGAAAGGAAAACGAUGAAGGUUCCUUUUCUGAAAUUUCAUUGUCUGCAUGUAACAAUGAUUUUGAUUGGACGUUUCCAAUCAGACUGGUUGCCAAUGAAAAUGGAUGCAGAAUGACAACCAGUCUAACUGUUAGAAGGAACAGUGACAUGAAGCAGGAGGCACUGUGUAUAACUGGUGUGGAAAAGAAUGGUGUGAUAUAUUUCACCAUAGAAAUAGACACAGCACCAACUUGUUUUAUACAGAACCAUUGUAACUUUCCUCUGUACUAUGGACAGACACUGAUGGAUCUGACAAUCUCUGAUACCACAAUACAAGAAGAAGUAGAACUGGUCAAUAUCCUGCCGUCUAUACCUUUAAAUGGGGCACUUUAUUACACGCCGCCGUCCUUGAACACAGCAUUCCCACAAAUAACUGAUAAACAUUCCAUUCCAAAAAUACACAUAUCUGGCAGUUUGCCAACAAACUCCACUGAAAAGGAAAUUUCCAAAGUGAAAUGGAGCAAUCCAAUUGAUUUAUUAGUAGCAGCAGAUAAUUUUGUUUCCAUUCCAAAUGUAGGCGAUGUCAAAGUUCAUGUUCAGCAGGUUGCCAUGGUGACAUAUGUCACUAUUUCUCCAAUAACUAAAGCGGAUGUGUCAGCGAAGGAGAUUCGCAGCCGUCUAAAAGGAAGAGAGAGAACUGUCCUUGUUGAGAGUGGAUUAGGAGAACCAGCAGAUGUGAAAAUAGCACAAGAGCUGAAACAAGCACUGGAAACCGGAAUUUCUAAAGACAGUGAAACAGAUAAAGGAAAAGAUAAAUCUGCAAAAUCAUUGAAAAUUUCUUUUGGUUUGCUAUUUCGUCAGCUAUCGUUAGUGAUACAAAAUGAAGCACCUUCUAUUUACACUAAAAGUGAAAUAGUGCGACUUACUCUUGAUGACCUCUUUCUUGCCUCAUAUCCAGCAAGUGACCUUGUAGAGCAGACAGGUCACCAUAGGAACUGCUUAGUGUGUAGUAUAGGGGAUGUCCAACUUGACAAUCAGAUUCAGUCCCAGGGGAAUUAUGAUUUUCCUGUCGUAUUCAUUCGCCAGGAUGCAGAAAAUGUACCAUAUCAAAGUGACCAUUUGCAAAUAUCUGAACUAAAUAUUUUGGAAAAACAUGCUGUUCUGAAAUCGUGCAGUGUUGUACAUGUGCAGAUUGUUUUCGGAAACAUUAAUGGCCGCUCAUCUGUGAUUGAAUCUGUUGAAUGUGCAAUGAAGCCAAUAAGUUUUUAUAUAGACGAUACAUUUAUUUUCCGUUGUAUCAAAGAAGCAGAAGGAUUCCUACAAGUUCCAUUAUCUAUCCCAGAUCCACUUCCUGUUGAUAUACUUAAGUUACCUCCAUCUGUGAAGAGCUUGUCAAGAACAUUAAGCUGUCCAGUUACUAUAGGACACUUAAGUAUUCAGCCAGUGUCAGUUAUGUUCAGCAUCCAUGCUUCGAUGAAAUUGUUUAUUGCCUCUGAUCAUACACCUUUGUCGUUUGGAAGAUUUGAGAAAACGAACUUGAGCACAUCAGGGUACCAGCUUAUACGAGUGUUAGUGAUGCAUUAUGCUUCAGGAGCAUUGUUCAGAGCAGGGGCUGUUGUUGGAUCUUUAGAGAUUCUUGGAAACCCUACAGGGCUGGUACGCAGUAUAGGUACUGGAGUGGCAGACUUUUUCCGGAUGCCUUACAGGGGUCUGACACGUGGACCCGGAGCCUUCGUUGUGGGCGUGUCACAGGGGACAUCCUCUAUGGUCAAGAAUAUAACCACAGGCAUGCUUAAGUCAGUAACAGAUUUUGCAUCAAGUGUGUCACGAAACAUGGAUCGACUGUCCCUGGAUGGGUCUCACAUCAGAAGGCAGGAAGAGAGCCGCAGGCACAGGCCAGAUGGUGUGGGAAAUGGACUCAAACAGGGGCUGACUGGCUUGGGUCUCGGUUUACUUGGUGCUGUAGCAGGUUUAGCUGACCAGCCUAUACAGAGUUUAAUUGAUACGGAGGAAAGCGGUCAGUCACGUACAUCAACUGCUUCUGGUCUGGUGACAGGAGUAGGUAAAGGUCUAGUCGGGGUAUUCACAAAACCCAUUGGUGGAGCUGCAGAAUUUGUCUCACAAACUGGACAAGGUAUUCUUCAAGGUACAGGCUUGAGUAAAAUGCCAAAUCCACGCAUGCAGCCAAGUGUGAUAGAUGUUUCUUCAGAGCCUUGUGGACAAAUCAAAUAUGCACUAAAGCUGCUACAAACAUUACCAUCCAAUGACAUUCUGUGUUGUAUAGAGGCAGAUCAUAUAGACCUAACAGACCAGGAUGUACCUGUAACGCUGAUUCUCACACCAGAAAUACUUUUUGUGGUGAACCAUGAGGAAGACAGCCAGCAGCAGUCGUUCUCUAUUCUUGAGUUAGAAUGUGGGGUUACACAAAGAGACCAACCUUUACUGUCUAUAGUUUGGAAGGAUUCACAGACAUUUACUGAGGAACAGCAUGGACCUUCCAACACUGAGAGAGUGACAGCUUUUGUAGACGCAGCUUCAAAAUAUAUUGAGACAGAAUCUCAUCUUAUAUCUGUGGCAACGGAAGACAUCUGUGAUAAAACCUGGAAUGGUAAACUUCUUCAACAUUCUCAUGAGGAAAAUACUCAACCAGUUGCUCUCAAUGUGAGAAAACUUCAACAUGAAGAGUUAUCGCAAGGGAGACAGUCAGGAUCUGUGAUUCAAGGGGAGCAACUCUCAGAUACUGUUUCUGAUUCUAGUGUGGAAAUUGGAUGUGCAACACUGCCGCAAUAUGACUUCAAAAUGAGUGCUGCAAAUUUGGCAGCAUUUCUUGCUAUAUUUAACAUUACUAAACACAAGUUGGCAGGAGUAGGCUUUGCUGUGUAGUAAUACAUAUAGUACACAGUUCCUGUACUUUUGGUAGCCUUUCUUGCUAUAUUUAGCAUUACUAAACACAAGUUGGCAGGAGUAGGUUUUGCUGUGUAGUAAUACAUAGAGUACACAGUUCCUGUACUUUGUAAUUUGGUCAGGAAGAUAAUUAGGUACCAUUUGUUUUGAUGCCUUUAAUGUUACGCUUCUGUGUGAUACAGAUUAUCAUCCAGCGAUUAAAUCAUGUAUGCAAGGGGAAUACAUAGUCAGGAAUAGAUUUAUUUCCUAUAUAACAGUGUUUUACAAUGCCAGAACUAUUAGAGAGAGGAUACUUGAAACAGUAAAUUGAAGGUAGUUCUACACGUUUUCUUACCUGCAAUAGUGCCUGGUACUUUAUUGAGAAUAUCCUGUCUUACAGGAAAGAAAAGAUUAUCAUACGCCAGUAUUUCAUUAGAAAUACUAUGUAUUCUCGCAGGUGAGAAACAACAUCUUAAGCCAUUUUAGGCAUUUGAAUAACAAAAAAAAAAAAGAAACAUGACAUUUUUUUCAAGCUAGUAACUCGAGGUUAGCAAAAAAGCCAAAGUUGAGGUUCUAAAGUGGGAUGAAACAGACUUUUUUUUUUAUUAAAAUCAGGUUCUUUUUGGUGGGUCUCCUUCCACUUUAUGGGGAGGAUAUAUAUGUAGAAGGAUGCAGUCAAAAUGACAAUGUAAACCAUUAAUAUGAAAUAUUGAGAGAAAAAUGGGGGUUUUCUUAUAGGUUAUGUAAAAUCUUAUUAUAUACAUCAUUUUACAUGUAUUACCAGGUGUGUUGUUAUGUUUUUGUUGUAUUUGUUGAUACUUUUAUCUUUGUAAUUAUGUAAAGAAGCAUACUAAAUGAUUUAGCACACUGAGAAAGCUAUCCAGUCAGUGGUUCGCUCCAGGUGCCUGCACAUUGCUGAAAUAAUACCUGGAAGAGCAUCAAGGAUCUUCCUCCACAUGAAAUAACUGUAACUGUAUGGAUAUGACUUAAAACCCAUCAAAAUAAACUAUGGUUUGGCUGUAUCUGUCCGGACAAUGAUUUGUAUGAAGUUGUGUAUUUUAUGUUUAGAUGUUAGAUGACCUAUAUGAUACGUUGUUUAAAUUUGUACAUGUGUACAAAGGCAUAUUGAAUUUGUUAUAUAAUAAUGUUAUAAUUUAUAACAGAUGGAUAUAUUUAUAAAGUUGAAGAUAUUUAUUUAAUUUUAUUUAUGAUUGUGAAAACUGCAUGUAAAGACGCAUUUAAGUGGACAGAAUAUAAUGAGAGAUGUUGUGCUUGUAUAAAACAUGGACAUGUUUACAGUACGGUAUAUCUUUAUUGUUGAUUAUCUGUACAAGGUUUAACUGUUAAACUGUUUUAUGUUUGAAACAGGUAAUAGAUUAAACAAAUUGGGAAACUUGA